CUUAAAGCUGCCACUUGCGUGCUGAAUAGUGUGGAAUAGUGUAAGCUGAAUUCGUUACACAAGAUUUUAACCGUUUACAAGUUUGGACUUGGUAUAGAAAUUUCCUUUACGCUAUUCCUCAGCAGGUGGUAAGAAACGAAAAUUUUGUAUCGUAUCAUGGAAAUCAGAUAGACUAACAAUAAGUACAUACGAUUCACUAGUAAACAUUUGAGACUGGGUCGCCAGAAAACAGAAGACUUGUUCUUUCUCGAUAAUAAUUUUAAAGCGUUAGCUUUGGCGUGGGUGUGUAUAUGCGCGCGUGCGUAUGUUACAAAACGUCGUUUCUAUUUAUAAAGAAAAGACAGAAAACCAAGUAUUUCCUAUUUAGGAGAAUGGAAGCGGAGCCAUUAGAGUUGGAAGAUGGUGAAAUCGUCGACGAUGAGCCCAGCGACAUCUUUGGAGCCUAUAAAAUUUUGGAAAGACCUCACGCUAAGCCGACACCUGUCACAGAUGUGUGUACAAAAAUGCGAUACAGCGACGAGUCCGAUGAAUCUGCCGAGUCCGAAAGUGAUUCGGACUCGGAUUCCACACAGGCCAAUAUUAAAAAGCCUAAACUUAAGUUGAAAAAGAAUAAGCAUUUGCGGAAGGAUUUGACAUCUAAGAAUGAUAAAUACAAAGUAUGGUGUAGCCAGAUGCAAGAAGAAUCCUUGACCGAAGACUUGACGUCGUGCGGUGUUACAAAGAAGUAUCAAGAACGUAGUGUGGAAAGUUACGAUUUUACUCUACGAUACCCAGGGAAUGGCAGGAAAGCUUGUAACAAUAACAGUUCUGAUGAAGAGAAGGACAUCGAACAUAGAUUGACGAAUAAGAGAACCAAUUCAGAUAGACGUGAUGUAAAGUUUAGAUUAGGAAAAAGGAGGAACUCCUUUCAGAUGGGUUCAGAUAGUCAGAAAGGUUCGGUUAGAAUAAUAGCAGACUUAUCUGCAACUAUGGAUUCGACAGAUGCUGAUGUCGCUGCUGACAUAGCCAAUAAACUCGUCGAGAGAAAAGAGCUUCUCAUAAGACGAGUAGUGGAUAUAAUUGGUAAGCAGAAAGCUAUCGACUUUUUCCAAAAAACCAAGGAGAUUGAAGAAAAUGGUGGAAUGUUAAUAAUGAAUGGAUCUCGUAGAAGAACUGCCGGUGGAGUAUACUUUUGGUUAGUGAAAAAUGACAAACAUAUCCCCCAAGAAAAGAUAAGGCAGAUAUUUUAUUCUGACCAAAAAGAGAGCAGCGAACAAAGAAAGAGAACUGGCAACUCGGGACGACAGAAGACACAAGAAUUAAUGCGAAGUUUCGAAGAUAGAUCCGAAAAGGAUUUACCAGCUUUGUUAACAAGAGCGGAACUCUCGACGAGACAAAUAGCAGAGGAAGUAAGAUUACGACGUGGUGAAGGCAUGGACAGAAUGCCAGUAGAUUCCGAUCGUACAGUAUCAAAUCCACCACCCAGUCCUGUAACAGAUGAUCCAGAUCAUUCCGAACAUCCACCGGUACAGAGACAGGUUCAGGAUUACACCGACGAUUUUCUCGAUAUUGGAGUGGACAUAGAUAGUAUGGAAGUACUCUAAAAUUAUUUCGUCUUACGUUUGCACAUACUCCAACAGAUUUGUAUAAAUAAAGCUUGUAAUCAGUCGCA